AAGCAAGAAUUAUUAGAUAUGAUUAAUAAAGAGUCAGAAGAUGACGAUAAAGAGAUAGAUAAUAGAAAUGUGAAUAAAAUGGUAGAUAAAAUGGUGGAUGUAAAUAAAAUUAUAGAUGAAUAG